AGGAUAAUGGGGAGUAAUGAUGAAUGCAUUUCCAUUUGCUGCAAAGAGAAUGUUAGACAUUCUCGAUCUUUUUAAACUGAGACAAAAAGGCUGCUUAGAAAUGAAGAGUGAAUUAGGGGCUACGGAGACCCAGUCAAAUUUUAGAAGGGAGAGAGAAAAGAUAUUUUCCUCCCCUAUAGUUUCUGGUGACCAUGAGGGCAUGGCUGGGGCACCCCACUCAAUCCAUAGUCUGCAGAUGGAAUCUUGGGAAAACUGACAAAAGUCCAGGAAAGGGGACCGCAAGAUGCUCCAAACACAUUCACAUCUGCCACUGACACUUCAGACGCCAUGGGAUCCGCUGCAUCACGUGACCCAAUGGGCACAGCCCCAGUCAAACCAGCAGCUUUUCCAGUCACUGGAACCAGUGGUGUAGCCCAUGGGCUGUGAAGUCAGACCUGAAUUUACAUCCAGUCUCUAAUCAGGGCCAAGAAGUCAGAACAUGGCGGUGAGCGAUGGAAACAGUGAUUUUGUGGGUCUGGGCAAUGGCAGCGUGACAACCAGUGCUCCCACCCUCGGUGCCGUCCCACCCUGUGACGGGGACCUCGCCACCCAGCAGCUUGCAGCCAGAGAGGCCCUGAGAACUAAAGUGAGUCCGAACGGACGCCUGCAGGUCAAUGGCACCAUGAAGUCCUCCUUUCUGCCCAUGGACAGCCACCAAAGAGCGCCCGCCAUGCUGUCCCCAUGCUGUCACCCGUGCCCAUUCCAUCGGCCCCUGGCCGGCCAGAGCAGUCACCCAGAGGGCCGGCCCGAGGCUGGCCCAGCCACGCCUUCUGCUCUGGCCUCAUGCUGCUUGCAGCCACACUCCGAGUAUUCUGCACCUCUGUGCCCCGGCCAUACGCCCGUCUACCAGGCUGCGUGCUGCCUGCAGCCCCCUCCGUCCUUCUGCCUGCACCACGCAUGGCCUGGCCGUUUCCCACACCAGCCCGGGCAGCCGCACGUGGCCAGCUUCAGACCGUGCAGACCUUUCAAAUUACCAAGAAGCUACGCGUCCCUGAUAGCUGACUGGCCCGUGGUGGUGCUGGGUAUGUGCACUGUGUUCAUCGUCAUCUGCGCCUUGGUUGGGGUGUUAGUGCCUGAGCUUCCUGACUUUUCUGAUCCACUGCUGGGUUUUGAGCCAAGAGGGACUACAAUAGGCCAGAGACUGGUCACGUGGAAUAACAUGGUGAAAAAUACAGGAUACAAAGCAACAUUAGCAAAUUAUCCUUUUAAAUAUGCAGAUGAACAAGCCAAAAGCCAUCGGGAUGAUAGAUGGUCGGAUGAUCACUAUGAAAGAGAGAAAAGAGAAGUUGACUGGAACUUCCACAAAGACAGCUUUUUCUGUGACGUUCCGAGUGACCGAUAUUCCAGAGUAGUAUUUACUUCAGCUGGAGGGGAGACACUAUGGAAUUUACCUGCCAUUAAAUCAAUGUGCAAUGUAGAUAAUUCAAGGAUUAGAUCCCACCCGCAGUUUGGCGACCUGUGCCAGAGGACCACGGCCGCGUCCUGCUGCCCCAGCUGGACACUGGGGAACUACAUCGCCAUCCUCAACAACAGGUCGUCCUGCCAGAAGAUCGUGGAGCGAGACGUGUCUCACACCCUGAAGCUGGUGCGUGCAUGCGCCAAGCACUACCACAACGGCACCCUGGAGCCCGACUGCUGGGACGCAGGCGCCAGGAGAAAGGGGCAGCUCAAGUGCACGGGUGUGCCUCGCAAAUGCACCAAGUACAACGCAGUCUACCAGAUCCUGCACUACCUGGUGGACAAGGACUUCCUGACCGCACAGGCGGCCAGCCCCGCCAUGCCGGCUCUCAAGUACAGCAUGCUCUUUUCUCCCACAGAGAAGGGGGAGAGCAUGAUGGACAUCUACCUGGACAACUUCGAGCACUGGAACGGCUCAGACGGUGUUACCACUGUGGCGGGCAUUGAGUUCGGCAUCAAACACAGCCUGUUCCAGGACUACCUGCUGACGGACACCACCUACCCAGCCAUCGCAGUCCUGCUGGUCCUCCUGGUCAUGUGCGCCUACACCAGGUCCCUGUUCAUCACACUGAUGACCAUGUUCGCCGUCAUCAGCUCCCUCAUCGUCUCCUAUUUCCUCUACCGUGUGGUGUUCAACUUCGAGUUCUUCCCUUUCAUGAACCUCACCGCGCUUGUUAUUCUGGUUGGAAUUGGUGCAGACGAUGCGUUUGUCCUAUGUGACGUGUGGAGCUACACCAAGUUCGACCGGCCGCACGCAGCGACUGCGGAAACGGUGGGCAUCACUUUGCAGCAUGCGGCACUGUCCAUGUUUGUCACCAGCUUCACCACAGCCGCCGCCUUCUACGCCAACUAUGUAAGCAACAUCACUGCCAUCCGCUGCUUCGGCGUGUACGCCGGGACUGCCAUCCUGGUGAACUAUGUGCUGAUGGUCACAUGGCUCCCGGCCGUCGUCGUCCUGCACGAGCGCUACCUCCUCAACAUGUUCAGCUGCUUCAAGAAGCCACCGCAGCAGGUCUUUGAGGGCAAGAGCUGCUGGACAGUGGCCCACCGGACAUGCCACAGGGCGCUGUUAGCUAUUUCAGAAGCCUCGCGCAUUUUUUUUGAGAAGGUGUUGCCAUGUAUCGUCAUUAAGUUCCGCUACCUUUGGCUGCUGUGGUUCCUGGCCCUGACCGUGGGCGGGGCCUAUGUUGUGUGUGUGAACCCCAAGAUGAAGCUGCCAUCCCUGGAGCUGUCCGAGUUUCAGCUCUUCAGGCCCUCCCAUCCCUUUGAGCGCUACGAUGCCGAGUACAAGAAGCUCUUCAUGUUUGAGCGUGUCCACCAUGGGGAGGAGCUGCACAUGCCCAUCACCGUGGUCUGGGGCGUGUCCCCAGAAGACAACGGAGACCCCCUGAACCCCAAGAGUAAGGGGAAGCUUGUGCUGGAUGGCAGCUUUAACAUCGCAAGCCCGGCUUCCCAGGUCUGGAUCCUGCACUUCUGUCAGAAGCUGAGAAACCAGACUUUCUUCUACCAGACGGAGGAGCAGGACUUCACCAGCUGCUUCAUCGAGACAUUCAAGCAGUGGAUGGAGAACCAGGACUGUGACGAGCCUGCCCUGUACCUGUGCUGCCGUCGCUGGAGCUUCCCCUACAAGCAGGAGAUCUUCGAGCUGUGCAUCAAGAGGGCCAUAAUGGAGCUGGAGCGAAGUACCGGCUACCAUCUGGACAGCAAGACCCCAGGGCCGCGGUUCGAUGUCAACGAUACCAUCCGGGCGGUCGUGCUGGAGUUCCAGAGCACCUACCUCUUCACACUGGCCUAUGAGAAGAUGCACCAGUUCUACAAGGAGGUGGACGCGUGGAUCUCCCGGGAGCUCAGCUCAGCCCCCGAGGGCCUCAGCAAUGGCUGGUUCGUCAGCAACCUGGAGUUCUAUGACCUCCAGGACAGCCUCUCCGACGGCACACUCAUUGCCAUGGGGCUGUCCGUGGCUGUGGCCUUCAGCGUCAUGCUGCUCACCACCUGGAAUGUCAUCAUUAGCCUGUAUGCCAUCAUCUCCAUUGCCGGGACCAUAUUCGUCACUGUCGGCUCUCUCGUCCUGCUGGGCUGGGAGCUGAACGUCCUGGAAUCUGUCAUCAUCUCGGUGGCUGUCGGCCUAUCCGUGGAUUUUGCUGUCCACUACGGGGUCGCUUACCGCCUGGCUCCAGACGCUGACCGGGAGGGGAAGGUGAUCUUCUCGCUGAGCCGCAUGGGCUCUGCCAUUGCUAUGGCUGCGCUGACCACCUUUGUGGCAGGGGCCAUGAUGAUGCCAUCCACAGUUCUGGCAUACACCCAGCUGGGCACCUUCAUGAUGCUCAUCAUGUGCAUCAGCUGGGCCUUUGCCACCUUCUUUUUCCAGUGCAUGUGCCGCUGCCUCGGGCCGCAGGGCACCUGUGGGCAGAUUCCACUGCCCAGGAAGCUGCAGUGCAGUGCGUUCUCUCACGCCCUGUCCGCAACCCCUGCUGACAAGGGACAGAGCAAAGCACGUGCCGUGAGUGAUUAUCACUUUGACCCCAGGGCCCAGAAAUCCGACGUGGAGCAGGAGUUUUACGAGUUAGAGCCCCUGGCGUCCCACAGCUGCUCCACAUCUGAUAAGGCAGCUUAUGAGGAGACCCACAUCUGCUCCGAGUUUUUCAGCAGCCAGGCCAAGAGUCUGGGGCUGCCUGUGCAAGCCGCUUACAGUCCGAGCUCCAAACAGGAAACCAGCCCCGUCUCCUUCCCGCCCGCUCUAGAGCAGCACACCCUGUGUCACUUCUUCUCUCUGAAUCAGCGGUGUCAUUGCCCAAACGCCUACAGACACUUGAGCCCCAGCCCGCAUGCUUGUGCACAGGCAGGCGAUGGCCUGUGCCCCCGAUGCGCUGCCGCCAGCAACUUUGUGCACGUGCAGAAAGCCCCCGAAGGCUUUGUAUGCGCUGUCCCACACAUCCGCCACUGCCCCUGCCUGCAGGGCAGAGCCCGACAGCUGGGAGUGCAGACCCCCCUGCCCACAGGCCUCUUUAUCCACCCUGUGCAGCACGUGCAGGUCCAGGAGAAAGUCGGCAAGGCCAGUGUCCAUGGUGUCCAGGGCACAGAGGAGCCCGGUCCACAGACCCCAGAGCCUCCAUCCUUUGUCCACAGAAGCCCCGGGUCUUUACAAAAACGCAGCUGUGAUCCCGAGAACAGCCAAAGGGGACUAUCCAGAGACAGAGACCUCAGGAACGUGGAGGGCAGCAGAGGGGCCAGGAACAAGGGCUUGGGUCCGGGGGGUCCGGCAGAUGAGGCAGAAAGGAAAGCUGAGCCAUGCCUGUCACAGGACUCCGAAUAUUUAAAUCAGAAUGAACCAAAACCCGUGUUUAACCACUGCACAGGGGACUCCCGGUGCUGCCCUAAUGACCCCCAGAGCUGUGGCCGAGGGGUCCAGGUGACGUGCGGGUGUGCAGGCCAUCAGAUGCUGGAGUGUGAAGCCAGCAUGCCCCCUGCACUGACACACUCAGAACUUUCUAGUGAAAGUUUGUUAAUAAAAACACUCUAAUAAAUACAGUGUUGAAAUUCUAAA